AUGUUAUCCGUUGACGUCGUUUCGCUCUUCACCUCCUUUCCACAGCAACUGGCGAUAGAAGUUGUGGACCAACCACUGACAGAGCGCUAUGAGGAGAGAGACGAGCCCCUGAAGUUCGAGCAUCUGCUCGAGCUUCUGCAACACUGCCUCAAGACCUAUUUCACCUUUGGUGGACAAAUGUACGAACACAUAAAAGGACCUCCUAUGGGCUCCACUCUGUCAGGCCUAACUGCUGAAGUCCGUCAAUCAGUCAAUCAGAAGUACUUCCUCAACAGACAGAACUCUUAGUGCUUACCAAGUAUCAACCAAAGUUCUGGGCUCGCUAUGUCGACGACACAUUUGUCGUUGUGAAAAUAACUUAUAUUGAGCGCCUCAAGGAACUACUGAACUCGGUUGACCCGCAUAUUCAAUUUACGAUGGAAGCAGGAACGAACAGCCAACUGCCCUUCCUUGACGUGCCAGUGCGCCGGUGUACAACUGGACAGCUGCAAACCAUAGUAUUCCGAAAAUCCACCGACACGAGACAGAUCCUACACUUCAACAGCAACCAUCCUCUGUCUCGCAAACGUGGCUGUCUGCACUCUAUUCCAAAGAGUCGAGACACACUGCAGCAUGCCAAAAGAUAAAAGAGCCGAACGAUUGUACCUUUAGAACCUAUUUGCAGCCAGUGGUUGUCCCAAGCAUUUCAUCAAUAGAAGCAGACGUCGGGCGCACAGACGACGGCCAAAUGAGUAGCAUCCCGAAGUCUGGAGGGCUAUUUCCUUACGUUAAGGGGUCUCUGAGGCGGUCUCUCAACUGUUAUAACCAGCCAGGGUAGGCAUAGUCCAUCGACCCCAGACAACAAUUUGGCGCCGUGUGAUUCAAACUAAGGACCCAUUUCCACCCCCUGAGACCUCAGCAGUCAUCUACAAAAUAAAUGUCAAUGAGGGUGACUGCAACUAUAUGGGAAAAACCUGACGGAAAUUGCAGACUUGCCUACGUGUACACAAAUCGGCCAUUCGGAGGUUAGGCCCUAACUCUCAACUAGCAACGUACGUUGGAGAAACUGAGCAUACUUUCGAUGUCCUGAGAGCUCCCAUCUUAGGCGAGGGAAACACAAAAACAGAACGGCUAACUCUCCAGGCGUGGUACUCCGAUGCCCACUCCAUUAACAGGCAUCUGGAUCUUCCUGCAGCCUACAAAGUCCUUAGUCAUCACAAUCGUAGAGCUCAGCACCAAACAACCACACCGGACUUAAGAAUGCCAUAGGGAGACGGCCUGAUGGCGAGUUUAUUCGGUGAAGAAGAAAAAGAACCGCCAGACCGACCAUCCGACAGAGGUUCAGUCACCUCCCCUCGACGGAGUGGGGACUCACAAAGCACGCAGUCAAAACGCCCGUCAACCAUACCCUGAAAGGCCAAGGCAGAGAGAGAAGAGAACAAUCGAUCAGCGUGAGGCAAAAGUGACAUGCCAAUUGGGACUUAUAGUUGAUUAAGUGCAUUUGACGCUUUGACAAUGGAGAGUCAACCAGGCUCUCCGAAGCGUCAGCCGCUAAAUUCUCCCGUUCCGGUGAGCCCAUCUUCUCCCUCAAAAGACUGCAACCUACUCGAAAGGGUUCGGAAGGCAGUUAUCAAAUUAGUCCAAUGUCAGGGAGCAUUGUCGUAUGCGACCCGCCUAACUAACCCAAACUUCGUGCCUCUGAGUUAUAGGCAACUGCGAGGGAACUUGAAACAACCCCCUUUAUCCUACUUGGGUUAGACUGCACCUUCCUGCGUUUGACAUCUAUCAACUCGUCAUCGCUAUAAACCCACAUGAGCACCCCUUUCAAAGUACGUGUGCCCUAACGAAGAUGAAAUUUAGCAAAAUAUUCUUUCCUUAACCGUGUGAAAGAACCGUGAAAUGACUUGCGAGAGUCGUCUGUUAUGCCUCAUUCUGUAGAAGCAGUCAAACAUCGUCAUAACAGACAUGUGUCGCAACAACGGUAAACUAUGCAACUGUGUAGUUUAUGGACAUGUUUACCUAUGUGAAAACAAGUUUGUUGUCCGUUCGCACUGUACUCUUUAUAAGUCGGUGCAAUUGCUUCUUAUGAGUGUGUGUGUUGUUGCUGGGAACCACGCUGUCUGUAGGCUGGCCGUGGCCGCAGACAAAACACACACGGUUGAACAGCCAAAGCCGAAACAACAACAACAAUCACUCUCUUCCUCUUCCAGCCUAUUCUUCCUCUUCUCCUAGUCCUAGUUUUCGCCGCCGCAAUCGCCAGACUGGCAGGGUGAGUUCGCUCACUCUGGCAGCCUGGAAUGUUCGUUCCCUUUUAGACGAUCCGAGAAGCAACCGACCGGAACGCAGGUCAGCGCUAGUUGCCCGGGAACUGGCGCGCGACAAGGUGGACAUAGCCGCACUCAGCGAGACCCGAUUCUCCGAACAAGGCCAACUGGAGGAGGUGGGUGCCGGUUACACCUUCUUCUGGAGCGGUCGGCCCAGGGCAGAGCGACGGGACGCGGGCGUCGCCUUUGCCAUCCGGAAUGACAUCGUGGGACGACUACCCUGUCUGCCGCAGGGCAUCAACGAUCGCCUGAUGAGCUUCCGUCUGCCUCUCCGGCAGGGGGGCGAAUUCGCCACCAUCAUCAGCGCCUAA